CCACGAGGGGUGGGAGAGAAAGAGAGACAGAGAGAUUUGGGUUCACACCAUCUUAAACUCAUGCUCUUUUCUUACACAAUACAUUGCCCAAUAAUCCCUCUUCACACUUCCCCAUUUCUUGGUUGAUUGAGAUUUGAGGCAAUUAUUUUCAAAAUUGAGCCAGCGAAGUUCCUAAUUUUCUCACCUUCUUGUUGUGCCCAUUAACAGAAGAAGAAGCCUUUGGAUAUAACAGAAGCACCUUGAAAGCCCCGUCAUUGAAAAGCUCCAGAGGAAGAAUGAAGUACGUGUUGGUAACGGGUGGUGUUGUUAGUGGACUUGGGAAAGGAGUCACCGCUAGCAGUAUUGGGGUGCUCCUUAAGGCCUGUGGUUUUCGAGUUACUUCUAUUAAGAUUGAUCCCUACCUGAACACUGAUGCGGGGACAAUGUCUCCUUUUGAGCAUGGGGAGGUGUUUGUCUUAGAUGAUGGCGGUGAGGUUGACCUUGAUCUUGGAAACUAUGAACGUUUCUUGGACAUCAAAUUAACUCGUGACAAUAAUAUCACAACUGGGAAAAUAUAUCAGUCUGUUAUUGAGAAGGAGAGAAGAGGAGAUUAUCUAGGCAAGACUGUGCAGGUUGUUCCACACAUUACAGAUGCCAUCCAAGAGUGGAUUGAGCGUGUAGCACAUAUACCCGUUGAUGGAAAAGAAGGCCCAGCUGAUGUUUGUGUCAUUGAAUUGGGUGGAACUAUAGGGGAUAUCGAGUCUAUGCCUUUUAUUGAAGCUCUUGGCCAAUUUUCGUACCGUGUAGGCUCUGGCAACUUCUGUUUAGUUCAUGUCAGCCUGGUGCCUGUUCUCAAUGCUGUUGGUGAACAGAAAACAAAGCCAACGCAGCACAGUGUCCGUCAACUUAGAGGAUUAGGAUUGACCCCAAAUUUUCUUGCUUGUCGCAGUUCAAAGGAACUUGAUGACAAUGUCAAGGAAAAACUUGCUCAAUUUUGUCAUGUCCCGUUAUCGAACAUACUUACUCUCUAUGAUGUUCCAAAUAUUUGGCACAUUCCUUUGCUAUUAAGAGACCAGAAGGCACAUGGGACAAUCCUGAAAGCAUUAAAUAUGGGAAGUGUUGCUAUGGAGCCUAAUUUUAAGGAGUGGGUUGAUAGGACAAAAGUUUACGACUCAUUUCAUGAAUCAGUUAGAAUUGCAAUGGUGGGAAAAUAUACUGGCCUUUCAGAUGCAUAUCUUUCUGUCCUUAAGGCACUUUUGCAUGCUUCUGUUGCUCGCAAUCGUAAGCUUGUUGUGGACUGGGUUCCUGCCGGGGAUCUUGAAGAUGAUACUUUUAAGGAGGAUCCUGAUGCAUAUAAAGCUGCUUGGGGUCUUUUGAAGGGUGCUAAUGGGAUUCUAGUUCCAGGAGGUUUUGGUGAUAGAGGAGUGCAAGGGAAAAUUCUUGCUGCUAAGUAUGCUCGAGAAAAUGGUGUUCCUUACCUGGGCAUUUGCUUGGGGAUGCAAAUUGCUGUCAUUGAAUUUGCAAGAUCUGUUCUGGGUCUUCAUGAUGCUAAUAGCACAGAAUUUGAUCCUGAAGCCAAAAACCCUUGCGUCAUAUUUAUGCCAGAAGGUUCAAAGACUCAUAUGGGUGGAACUAUGCGUCUUGGUUCAAGGAGAACUUACUUUCAAGUUGCUGACUGCAAAUCGGCCAAGUUGUAUGGUAAUGCAAGCUUUAUUGAUGAGCGACAUCGGCAUAGAUACGAGGUUAAUCCUGACAUGAUAUCACAACUUGAGAAUGCUGGUCUAUCUUUUGUUGGAAAAGAUGAAACUGGGAGGCGCAUGGAGAUAAUUGAAUUGCCUAGUCAUCCUUUCUUUAUUGGUGCUCAGUUUCACCCUGAGUUCAAGUCGAGACCAGGGAAACCUUCUCCACUAUUCUCAGGCCUUGUCAUGGCACUAACUGGUAAACUUAGUGUUGAACUUGGUAUCCAUGCAUCCGCUGAUAAGUUCUUCGAUCUCUUCGCAAAGCAACUCCACCAUCUUCAAAACAUCUGUGAUAGAGUUCAUGGAACCAAGCUGCAUCAAGGUGACUGGCAUAGCAUUGGCUCGGAAAAGCACUGGACUUAUACCAUAGAUGGUAAGGUGACAACAUGUAAGGAGAAUAUUGAAUCCAUUGACGAAAGGAACAAAACAAUCACAUACAUCCUCUUCGAUGGAGAAAUCGAUCAGAACUAUAAGAUCUUUAGGCUCAUCUUGCAAGUUAUUGCUAGGAAUGAUGGCGGUGCUGUUGUUAAAUGGACUAUUGAAUAUGAGAAGACCAAUGAGGAUGUUGACCCUCCAUUUGGCUACAUGGAGUAUUUCACCAAAAGUGUUAAAGAUAUUGAUGUUCAUCUUCUCAAGGCAUAGCUCCAAAAGUUAUGAAAAAAAUAUCAAAUCAGAAAUAAUGGGUUUGGCUUGGGGAUAAGUGCUUAUCUAAAUAAUCAGUGUGAAGUUUGACAUGAAAAUUAAGGAUGUUUUCUUUUUCUGUUGAUCUUUUGUUUGCAUGGAAUAAAAUUGGAGAUGAAUGUCAUGAAGAGUGUGUUAAAUUAUAUGUUCAAAAGUUAUGUAAUUUAAAUAAAUGGACAUUCGUGCCUUAUAUUACUAUGACUAUUAUUAGUUUUUGUCCAAUGCUUUAUAUUCUUUCUGAAUUGUUUCAAAAAAAAUUUGAAACUUUAUUUUUUUUAAGUCUGAUUAGCCAAAUGUUCACCAAUUGAGGGACUGAAGCAUUAACUAUAAGUUUAGGAUACUUAAUGUCUAAUUUCCGAUUGAUCAUGAAUUUAAUAGAUUAAUAAAACUAACUGUCUAAAUGGUUGAGUAAGUAAGUAAAAUUAGGGACCAAUGAUGUUUCUAGGGUUUUUUUUUACCCUUUUACCUUUUAUUAUAUAAAAAAUAAUCAUUUUCUUUCUGUUUCAAAACUAUACCUCAAUUUGCCCAAGAGAAAAUUAAUCGAUU